AAAAAUCCCUGCCAGCCCCGCCUCUUAUCCCGUGAGUUUCUCCACAAACAUACAUUUGUAUCAUGGCGAUGGGACAUCAUCAGAAUCAGAACGCGUUACCUGUUGUGCACUGAUGAGUUUCUGCGUCGAGCAUCUUCAAGCGCCCUCAGUAGUGCGCUUUUUCACGAGGGAAUAACUUGUGACAUCAUUUGAAAUGUCACCGGACAGCUGAGAACUUCGAUUUUAGCCUACUGACAGGAUUUGACCGAGAGGAAAAAACUUCGCUUGCCAUGUCUCUCCUGUGCGUGAGAGUUAAGAAAGCCAAACUGCAAGGGCCUCUGGAUAAAUUCAAUGCUUAUGUGACACUGAAAGUGCAAAAUGUGAAGAGUACCACCAUCACUGUGCGAGGAGACCAGCCGUGCUGGGAGCAAGACUUCAUGUUUGAGAUCAGCCGGCUGGACCUGGGUCUCAUCGUGGAGGUGUGGAACAAAGGGCUCAUCUGGGACACCAUGUUAGGAACUGCCUGGAUCCCACUGAAAAACAUCUGCCAUUCAGACGAGGAGGGCGCUGGGGAAUGGAUAUUUCUUGACUCUGAAGUUUUGAUGAAGGCAGAUGAGAUUUAUGGGACUAAAAACCCGACGCCACAUCGAGUCCUUCUGGACACUCGCUUUGAACUGCCCUUUGAAAUCCCAGAGGAUGAGGCUCGAUACUGGACUGGUAAACUGGAGCGCAUCAAUGCUAUGGGCAUUCAUGAUGAGUUUCCCUUACAGGAUGAAGUAGUGGGUCGUCCUCUGCCCUGUGCUGCUUCUCAGUGCUGCAACUAUUUUGGAUGGGCUGACAGCCAGACUUUGGAUGACCUGGAUAGUGCGGUGGAGGAUAGAGACAGUGACUACAGGAGUGAAACCAGCAGUAGUUUGCCUCCCCGCUACCAUACCACAGCCCAGCCCAACUCUUCACUUCACCAAUAUCCUAUGGGACCACGCUUUCAGCAGCACAUGGACUCCUGUGCUGACUCUUUGCACAGUUUUGAAUUUGACUAUAGGGAUCACCGUGCAAGCAGAGCUCCUAAUCAGAAGGGUAGAAUUAGAAUUGUCCCAGUAGAUUCAGGCAUGGGUGUGGAGGAUUGGGAAGUGAAAUACAAACAGGGUAAAAGUACCCUUAGUGAGUUCCUUGAUAGAGAGGAACAGGCAUGGAUUGAAGAUCAAGACAGACAGAGUGAUGUUGUUCAUAAAGAAAAGGAUUACCAUGACCCCAUAAUCAAGCAGCUGUUGCCGAUAAAAAACAAAAAUUCUGUGUUAAAUGCUGCUUACCCAGAAGGCUAUGCUACUAUUGACCGAAGGCGAAAGAAAAAAAUCCGGGACCCAGGAGGGCUGGAGCAUGCUGGAGCAGAGCAUUUCCCUCCUGAUCUGGCAUUUCUCCGUCAAAAACGAACCGAGCUUGUGUUACGUCAAGUAAAAGAAAUGGAAGAAGCGGAUGAGAACAUGACUCCAUGUCUGAAACCAUACAAAAAUGGAUUACUCUACAAAACUAGGAUGUGGGCCAAAAACAAGCUAGAAAACACGCUAGAAAAUUAUGUUGCAUAUCAAGAGGAGGAAGCUGCUAGAUUGAGGGAAGAUGUAGAGUUUGAUUCUGAGGGUUCAGAUGAGUUACAUUAUUCUAUUUGCUCUGAAGAGGAGUUGGAGGAAAUGACAUCUUUAGCUAAGGCACUCAGGGGUGAGGAGAAGAAGAAUAAUAGCCACCAUGGAUAUUUCUCAACGUAUGGUGGUCAAACUGAGAGGCUUCAAGGUUACCGGGAGAAGAAGAAUGGAAAGGGUAAAAUUGGUGGAUGGGCUCCAGAGGUCAUGCUCUCACCUGUAGAGGAACCUAGUGAUGAAUAUGUUGAUCCUAUGGAUGAGUUGCAGUGCCUAGUUGAAACCGUAUCAGAGUAUCUAGCUGAAAAAGAAGAGGAGAUCAGUAAAUAUGGAUCCUUACCCAAAUCUAACAAAUCAAGGCUGUCAUCUCAAGGUAGUGCAAGAACCGAAUCUGUUGGAGAUGAGCAAGGCAUCAUCUCUAAGGAAGUAAAAGAAAAACCCAUAGAUGCCAAAGAAAGUAAUUUAAGUGGUGCUUCUGACCAUGGAGUGUCUGGAGUGAAAAAUGCCAUGAGCUCGUUAUUUAGCUCUUUAACUGAUAAAGUUGUGUCAGGCUCAAAACAAGCAGGGUCCAAAUCAGUUGAACAAUCAGAGACCCCACAUAAUGCUAGUUCUGGUAUAUCAAAAUUGUUCUCCUUUAUGCCAAAGUCUACAAGUCCCACACCAGUAGCUGUGGUUUCCCCUACUGAUAGGAAGUUUUCAAUGUCACCCGUUUUGCCUUUCCAGCCAUCAGAUGCCAAGUUACAAGAGGCAGACCAGUCAAUACAUUCAAUGGAAAAUGAGCUCACGAAAUACGGUGGUGUCAAAGCUCACAGAGAAAGUUUAUCAUCUGUCAAUUCAAUGUUGGAUGCAAAGCAAAACAAGCCAGGUGAUCCUCCCACGGUUUUGAAUGGAAAAACAAAACUCAGUAAAAUGUCAGAUGCUUAUCAAGACAAUGAUAGUAAAAAGUUUAAGAUACUUAAAAAUACCUGUAAUGAGAUUAAUUAUAAGAAGACACUCACUGAGCCUGUACCACAAAAGGCUACAGAAGAGUCUGGAUUUUUUAAUCCUUUUAGGAAAUCACUCAGUUCAUUAAUCUCACCUGGACCACCAGUGCCUCCCCAGUCUCAAACACACACAGUUUUUCCUGUCUUUAGGUCAGCAGAAGACAUUAGGGUAGAAAAGCUUCCAGAUGAAUCCUCCCUUAAAAAGCAAACUUUUGUCUCCUCAGACAAUGUGUCUGUCCCACAACCUCAAAAGUCAGAUGGGGGGCUGUUUUCUGGAUUGUUUAAGUUUGCAUCUGGAGAGGAUUCAGGUGCAUCCAAGAGUAUGCCUCAAAUCACUAAAACGGAUCAAAUUCCAGCUGUAACAAAGAGAGUGGCAGGUGCAAUUCCAGCUUCUCUGCCUGACAAUGCAAAAUUAACAACACCUUCCAAUAAAGAACCCCCAGACACAACAAGUAAGGGGAACACAGAAACAGGCUGGUUUUCUAGUCUAUUUAAGAUGGCACCUACUGAAGAUCUGCAGCCUGUUACUCCACCUAUCCAUAGGCCUAAUAUUCAGAGCACUUUACCUCCUCCAGGGUCUAAUCAGACUGGUCAUAGGAUGCAACAUCCCAAUCCAACUUCUGCUAAGGAACAAAUGCAAGUUAAGCACCAACAACCUGGUCCAACUCAAGUACCUAAUAUUACAGAGCAAAAUGCAUCUCAACAUGAACGUCAGGGCCUGUUUUCUGGUUUGUUUAAAUCAGUUGCUUCAGAUAAUGCAUCAAGUGCCCAAGCAUUUCCUAAUCAACCACAACAAGGGGGCUUACUCUCAGGAAUCAUGAAAUUUGCUUCCACAGGUGAUAUGGCAACAGGUGCUCAUGUAAAUCAGCAAAGGAGUCAGUCUGCUCAAAUAUUAAAUCAACAAAACCAACCUCAUACCCAAACAAGUGCAUCUAUUCCUCCUCUCUCAGGGCGGCUAACUAUUACUUCCACAGAAAUUUCUCACAGAGAGCCUCAACAAUUCUCUCAGCAAGAGACAAAAUCUCAACAGGGAAGUAUUUUGUCUGGCCUUUUUAGAUUUGCCUCUACCGAAAAACCUUUGGACACUCAAACAACGAUGCCCCAGGAGCAACAAAAAUCACCAAGCAUAAGUUAUUUUCAAGAUUCUGUCCAGCAUAAGGUAGAGGGUCAGAGCAGGAUCCAAACACAGCAGUCUAACUUCCCAAAACAACAGUCAGAACGGCUUCAAAAAGGCAUAUUAGAUGGCCAUAAACAAAGUGUAUCCCAUCAAGGACAUUCUCAGCAAGAUGGCCUUCUAUCUGGUCUUUUUAAGUUUGCCUCCUCAGAUGUUUCCGUCUCUCAAUCAGCACAGCAAGUUCAAGCUUCUAACACCCAGUCAUCUGUGCUCCAGUCAAAAACAAAUGUUAUAGAACAAAGCCACUCAUCCCAAAAUAAUUCAUCUAAUCAAAAACACCAGUCGGAUGGCCUUCUUUUUCUUAAAGUGUCCUCUAAUGAGUCACAGGAACUACCUGUUACACAGGAAAAAAAGGAACAUGCAAGUUUGCCACAGCAAGUUGCGACAAAACAAAGCUCUCGUGUAGGAAGGCAAGAAACAUCAGCUCAGCCAGGAAUUUUAUCUGGCUUUUUCAAUAAGCUCACAUCUUCUUCUGAAGAUGUAUCCUUAAACAUCCAGAAUUCAGUUAAGCAAAAUCAGGAUAAGCCACAAAUACCAGUAGAGAUUCACACACAGCAAGGCCAAUCAAAAAGACGGCUACCUCAAAUACCCUCCCAGAUCCAAGAUACAGAUCAACAGCCCUCAACUCAACAACGUUUCUUAUAUGGGAUAUUUAGCAGGAAUCCAACAGAUGUUUCCACUGUCAAAACAGAGGGUGUGGCUAUGGAAGGAUUACAAAUGAAGGUCAGUUCUACAGGACUUCUGAGAGACAAUGUAGCUAAUUUAAAUUAUGUGUCUAACAUUUGUGGCACAGAGAGCCUUGAUUUAAGGACACCUGCAAGUUAUGCAAGGUCACAACAAAAAUGUGCUGCAUACACAUCUCAUAGUACUGGUAAUAUACCCCUCUUAUACAGCUCACAAAAUUUUAUGCUCUCAAGUCAAAUUAGAACCACUUCAUAUAGCACUGAAAAUCUACCUCUUUGUCACCCAUCUCAAGCAGUGAUGUCACAGGAAUGUUUUAGGCAGAGUUAUCCAUCCUUCCAUUGUAAACCUGAACAGUAUGGUUUCCAAGAAAUCUCUCCAUCAUAUGCAUUGCAACCUAGUCCCAGUGAUGAACACUCAUGGAUACAACAAUCUAUAUUGUGGCAACAGCUGAAUGAUCAGUCAUUGGGAAUAGUACCUGAUGGACAUGAAAUUACACCAAUUAAUGAAGUCCACACAUCUUCUCAGUAUUUGAAUGAUAUAAACAUGGAUAUUAACCAACAAUACUCUCAUACAAAGCCAUGGAUGAAAUUCCAUUCUUACAAUGGGAGUAAGAACCAAUCAGAUUAUUCCACUGAUGUUCCCAAUAGUUUAGUGAGACCUAGAGCGUGGAAUAGCCAAAACGAUUUGGAUGUGAUUAACAACCAAGAGUUUGAAGGUGUGUUGAAUUUGAGCAUGAAGAAUAAUGCUAAAUUAAGCAGGUGGCACUCAUUUAGUGCAGAAAGUUGUUACAGUCUGAAUAGUAUUUCAUAUCAUGAAGGAUAUUAUGAGGAAACUCCUCCACAUCUGUCUUACUCAGCUAAUGGGCAGUAUGUUUAUCAUGGGACAUCUGACAUUUGCACUCAGCCUGGGAAUAGUGGAAGCCAUGUUAAUGUAGCUACAUCUCCCAAUCAUUGGAACUACUCUUCAGCAAGCAACAGUGAUAUGGAGGAACAUGUGUAUCUUGAGGAGUCUGAGUGGUAUCAACAAUGGCUUUCACUUUUGGACCAGGGUAUGUGGUGGCCUGCAGAUGAUGGAGAUUGUGGAUAUUUUGUCUACACUGAUUAUGAGUAUAUUUACGCCCUACUCACAGAUGAGUCUGGGCAGUAUGUUUAUGCAUGUGCCCCAGAACAAGAGUGGGCAAGUACAGUGGACAUCUAUCCUAGUGCCUGGUUGUAUAAUGAGGUGGUAAAAGUUUGUGGGUUUAAGAUUCCUCUAUACAAUGAAGAUGAGCUUCUCUGGCUUCCAAGUCAAGGCCAAAGUGAAGCUGAACUUCUGACUGCACCACUUGACUUGUCAGCAGCCUAUAAAAAAGGUAACCAAAUCAUGAAUCUGAACCUUGAGCGUUUUUCACAGAUGUUUGCAGAUUCAAUGCUUAAUCAAAGACAGCAAGCUCUGGAUUUUUCCAGUUACCGAUUUAACAAAGUUAGGAUGGAUACUAAUCAUCAGCUCCCACACAAUUAUGGUUACUGUGAUCCGUCUCAGGAAGCUGUUGACCUUUCUUUUCAUGGAACAAACUACAAUAAUGUAAAUCUCGACAGCAGAGAAAUAAAAGAACUGCUGUCUUAUAAGGUUUCUGUUUCAUUUGGUGCCACACAAACCACAACUUCACCUACCACUGGUGUCUACAGCUGCUACCAGCCUCAACAGAGGCGUCGUUCAUCCAGUGGAGUGCAAAUAAAACAUAUAGAUGAUGUUUCAGAAGAAGAGUGGAGAAAAAGAGUACAGCCUGGAGAGGAGCAGCCAAAUCGAUCUAUUAAGAAAAUCUCCUCAAUUCUAUCCUCAAUUGUUGGCAAAAGCUCCAAUUCAGAAUCAAGUAGAAACACAGCUGUCUCAAAGUCACCUUCUGCUAAAGAUGGUUCUUUUUCAGGACAAAAUCAAAGCAGAUCUCAUAAAGCCUCUGAAACACGACUUGCUGAUCAGCAAGCCAAAAGCUUUAUUUCAACAGGUUUUCAGAGUCUUAAAUCAAAGAUCGUAAAGGAUGACGUUUGUGGAACAACUCAACCAGACAAUACAAAUCAGUUAUCAUCCAAACAAAUUCCAACAACACCUAGAGUUUCAGUAACAUCUUCUGCACAGCCAACAGCUUCCACGCCCUCUCAGGGUGCGUGCACUUUAAGUUCAUCUCAGAAACCCAAACUGGCUAGACAGGCUACAUUGUCACAACAGUCCUCUCUUCCUCCAACAUCAAUUGUAUCUACUACUUUAAGAGAACAGUCCAGUUUAACCAUCAAAUCUGCCUCUCUAGAUGUGUCUCUGCCAGCAGAAACACAAGGUGGAAAGACAUCUGAGCAAUCAAGUGGGUUUUUAAACUUUUUCAAAACAGCAGUGGGUAUAGAGGAGGUCAAGUCAGAGCCUUCUAAAUCUGCUCAUCCAGUAUCCAGACAAGCUGAUAAAGUUGGAACUGCUUCUGAUGGCAUGAAAGAUUCAACAACAAACCAAGACACAACGGGAACAUCAAAACUUUUUGGGUCAAUAGGGGAUUUUUUUAACAUUGAAAGUCCUUCCCACACUAUAUCAAAGACAAAUCUGCAACAUUCAGCCUCAACAAUGACAGUGCCUAAAGGGAUUCAGAAACAGCAAACAGCAGAAAAUACCUUUGCAAAAGGUGGUGAAUCAGAAUUUCCUAGUUUAUCACAAUCAAUUCAGGGAAGGAGUGUCUCCUCAUCUCAGAUACAUUCUGCUGAUGCAAACAGGUUGCCAACACCAGGGAGAUCUCAAACUAUGCCACCGACUGGGGAGACCAAACCAGAAGCCAAGCAGUCAGGUGGGUUGUUUGGUUUUUCUGUUGGGGAUAUUUUCUCUGGGACCACAGCUUCGAAAGAUGAAAGCAAAGGGCUGUUGUCCAUAUUUAGUGGUUCCAGUCAGCAACAAGCUCCAUCUCUAAGUGCAUCUACCUCCCUCCAAGGUUCAAUCAGUAAUUCCUCUGCAAAAGAGCCACUUGGCAAAAACAUCCUGUCUUUGUUUGGAGGUUCUAGCAUUCAACAGACCUCACCACAAUUUGGAUCCACACAUCAGCCUUGCCCACCAGAAGCUGUACCUCCUAAAGAAUAUCUAGGCAUGAAUAUAUCUUCUGUGUUCAGUGGCACUAGUACACAGCAGCCUUCAACACAUGUGAGUUCUUGUAAUCAAAAACAAACCAGCACUGUUCAUCCAAAGGAAUCACCAGCCAUGGGGUUACUCUCUUUGAUUAGUGGUUCCAGCACUCAGCAAACUUCAUCUGAAUCUGAUCAACCAAAAGACACACCAAUGGCAGGACUGCUAUCUACAUUCAGUGGCCCUCAGCAGGCUUCAUCUGAAUUAGGAUCUGGAACUGAUCCACCAAAAGAUACACCAAUAAAAGGACUGUUAUCUAUGUUCAGUGGCCCUCAGCAGACUUCUCUUAGAUCUGGAAGUGAUCCACCAAAAGAUACACCAGUAACAGGAAUGCUAUCUAUGUUUAGUGGCCCUCAGCAAACUGCACCAAGAUCUGGUGCCGAUCCACCUAAAGAUACACCUAUAACAGGACUGCCAUCCAUGUUCAGUGGCCCUCAGCAGACUGCACCAAGAUCUGGAGCUGAUCCACCAAAAGAUACAACAGUAACAGGACUGCUAUCUAUGUUCAGUAGCCCUCAGCAGACGUCACCAGCAUCUGGAGCUGACCCACCAAAAGAUACACCCGUAACAGGACUGCUAUCCAUGUUCAGUGGCCCUCAGCAGACCUCACAACCACGCUCGGCCACUCAGUCUGCAAGCCAAGGAAAUGAACUGCCAAAAGAGCCUUUGGGCAAAAGUUUAUUUUCUAUGUUUGGUGGUUCAGGGUCACAACCAUCUUCACAACAGACAGGAUCAAUUUUUGGUGGUAUAUUAGGUGGGUCUUCCAGCUCUAGUGAGAGUCCAGCAAAAGGUUUAUUUUCUAUGUUUGGAGCACAAAGCCCACAACCACCUGCCACAAGAGUUCCAGCAGCCGUUCUUACUAAUGAGCAGACAGUUAAACAUAUAUCUUCUUUGGAUGAGUCUAAAUUACAACAAACACCAGCACAAUCAGUCUCUUCUACUGCAACGAAAGCGACUCCCGCAAAGGAAUUACCAAAUGACAGUCCAUCACAAGGAUUACUUUUACACUCUGGAAUUUCCAGCCACCCAUCAGCUCCACUGGAAUGCUUACCUCAUGAGACUGUUGUGCCAUCUAAUGAGUCACAUAAAGAGCCAUCAGUAAAUGAAAUACCCUCUUUGUCCAAUGAAACUAUCUCCCAGCCAUUCUCACAGCAGCCAGAUUCAACUGGACAUUCUCUUUCUCUUGAUAGCAAAGAGUCAAAAGGGCCACAAAGUAAAGACAUUACCUCUGUGAUUGCUGGGCAUACUCUGCAGCCAGACUGCGACCCAACAGUAUCAGUUCCAAAAUCCACACAAGAGGCAUUGCCAACUGAUGAUAGUAGAUUGGCACAGUCUGAAUCUAGCAAGCAAGCACACCAAGAGGAUUCUUCUGCUCAGGGUGUAGCGCCACCAAAAGAGGAAGCAACUUCAGGAUUGUUGUCAAUGUUUUCUGGAUCAGGUCCUCAAAAUGCUCAAAGUGGAUCUAUACUUGGUGGUAUUUUUUCUGGUGCUUCAGGAUCAAAGGAAGUUCCAGCAAAGAAUCUAUUUUCAAUGUUUUCUGGACCAAGUUCCCAACCUGGUGCUGGUAAUGCUGGGCAUAAUGUUCAGAAUAAUAGUUCAGGUGCUUCAGCCUUUGGUGAGUUAACGGGCAAAGGCUUGUUUUCCGUUUUUGGUGGGUCAAUUCCACAGCAAGCCACUCCUCAGCCUUCUUCAAUAUUUGGAGGUAUUCUGUCUGGAGUUGCUUCUAAAGAUGCUCCUGGAAAAGGUCUUCUUUCUAUGUUUGGUGGGCCUAGUUCAGCACCUUCACCUAGUCAAACACCAACAUCAAAACCAUCUGAAACUGAAGGGCUGUUAAAGGUUGCAUCACUAGUUUCUCAAGAGGAUGUGACUGAGGAUAGUAAAAAUAUGGGCUCGGAGGAAAAGAAAACAGAACCCACAUAUUAUGAUUCCCAGCAUUCUGUCAUGGCAGAUCAAAGGAAAGCAGCAUCUAUGGCUUCAUUCUCAACUGAUAUCUCUGAUAAAAGCUCAGAUGUCAUUGGUGAGAAGAUUGCUCUUGAGAGGAGUAACCUAGAUGUUGUUAGCCAUAGUAAUAUUAGUUUGACCGGAGAUGAUUUAGCAAAAGAUAUUGAAUCAAUUUCAAAGCAGAGUACAAAAGCAGAGGUCAAGAUAACAGAAUGCCAAACUCAGCAUAUACAACAAACCAAUUCAACUGAGACCAGUGCUUCUGAGGGACAUCCAAAACAUUCUGAAUCACAGAAAUCUGUUUUAGACUCAUCAACUGAAGCUGUCAGUGGUUUUAUGUCUAAACUGUUCACAGGUGCCAGUUCAGCCCCAAAUUCUUCAGGUGGUCUCUUUUCACAACUUCACUCAACCCCAACCAUACCCAAAACCUCAGUCUUUGGCUUUUCAAGUAGCAUACCAACAGAAUCUAUAAAAAGUGACAUUUUUGGUAUGUUUAAAUCUCCAGAAGCACCCAAAACAGCUGACAUAAAAUCAUCUAUUACCUUGACAUCCCAGUCUCUUCAGUCAGUCCAAGAUCAGUCAUUGUUAGCUUCUAGGGAUGUUACAUUGUCUGGAGACAAAGAUGAAAAAAGUCAAAUAGAACCCCAUUCAUCAGCAAAAGAAAUGUCUUGUAAUGAUGCUUCUGAUAAUGUUACAGUUGCAACCAUCAAUUCCACUGAGGCUUCCAGCUGUCAACUUGUUGAAACAGUUAUUAAGGAACCUCCUGAAGGCGAAGUAAUUAAAGAGAAAACAGUUGUCAUGGUUUCUGAAGAAAAGUUUACAGACAAAUCUGUGCCUGUAAUAGACAAUAGUUCAAAAAUGGCUCAACAACCUCAAUCAUCAGAAACUUCUCAGUCCAUAUUUGGCAUGCCAGGUUUAACAGCAUCUAAAUUUGGGUUUAUGUCUGGAGCUGCUGAUGCUGGAAAGUCGUUUGGGUCUUUAUUUUCUUCACCACCCUCAAUACCAAAUACAGAAAGUGGCAAGCUUAUUUCUGGAUUUAAGUCAUUUUCAGCAGGACUGUUUCAAGAUGAGAAGUCAGUGGUUUCAAAAGAAGCAACACCAGCAUCUUUAUUUGGAGCAAAAUUAGGUUUUCCAUGGCAGAAAGAAACUCCAGAACCGCCUAAACCACAAACAACCCCAGUUGUUACAAUCCAACCUAAAGCUCAGGAAAAUAAAGUACGUAUCGAAGAUGGUACAUCUGUCAAAAAAGACCAUGAUAAUUUAAACUUGGAGGAAGACAAAGGCGAAAUCACCCACUCAGUUGACAUUAAACAAAAGACUGUAGCAAAUUUUGAAGUUACAGAAAAUAACACAGAUAAAUCCAAACUUAUUGCAUCCACACCUGAUCCUCCUCCUCAAAAAGAUUUGGAAAUCCAUAUCCAGACCCCACCUUCUACAGAUGCCUCUUCAGGAUUACAGCAGGAAAAGAAGGACCUUUUGAUUCCUAAAAGUCCUGUGAACUCUAGUCGUUUUGGGUCUUCAGGGAAUCUCAGUCAAGCUAGUUCUCAGCUCAGUGAGACUGGUCAAGAGAGUGCUGCCUGUUCAGAGUUAGAGGAGUCCUACCAUUCUUAUCACAGUACUGGCUACCGACCAUCCCGAAAUGGACAUCACCCUACAAAUGGACAUGCUUCUUGGGGUGAAGAUGAGGGAUUGAAAUCCUCUCAAGAAAAUGGAAAGGAUACAAGCAGCACCUUAAAAAAGGAAGUGGUUUCUCAAGUGGACAAAAUGCCUGAAAAAUCACCCAAAAGCUUCAAGGAUGAUGGACUUCCUUUACCAUUCUCUCCAUCCAGAGUGCGCUGGCUUAAGGCAAUCAACAAAGUGAGAGUUCAGCUUAAGGAGGGCAAAGAAAAUGGAGACAAUUCCAGGCAUGCUUGGGUUAAAGCUGGAAAUGGGAGUGGAAUAUUUGGAAUUGACAGUAUGCCAGACCUGCGUAAGAAGAAAGCUAUUCCUCUGGUUAGCGAUGUGGCUAUGUCACUGGUCCAGGCCAGGAAGGCUGGUAUUGCUUCUGCGAUGGCUUCACGCUCCUCCAUAAAAGAUGAGGAACUGAAGAACCAUGUGUAUAAGAAAACUCUACAAGCUUUAAUCUACCCCAUUUCUUGUACCACACCUCACAAUUUUGAAGUUUGGACAGCGACUACGCCAACCUACUGUUACGAGUGUGAGGGUCUGCUUUGGGGCAUUGCUCGGCAAGGUAUGAGAUGUACCGAAUGUGGGGUCAAGUGUCACGAGAAAUGUCAGGAGCUGCUGAAUGCAGACUGCCUACAACGUGCAGCUGAAAAGAGCUCAAAACAUGGUGCUGAGGACCGCACUCAAAAUAUCAUCAUGGCCAUGAAAGACCGCAUGAAGAUCCGUGAGAGGAACAAGCCUGAGAUCUUUGAGGUCAUCAGAGAUGUGUUUGUGGUCAGCAAGGCCAUCCACGCUCAGCAGAUGAAAACCAUCAAGCAGAGUGUCCUAGAUGGGACCUCCAAGUGGUCAGCCAAGAUCACCAUCACAGUUUUCUGUGCUCAAGGGCUGCAGGCCAAAGAUAAAACUGGCUCCAGUGACCCCUACGUGACCGUCCAGGUGGGUAAAACCAAAAAGAGGACCAAGACAAUCUACGGCAAUCUCAAUCCUGUCUGGGAGGAGAAGUUUCAUUUCGAAUGCCACAACUCCUCUGAUCGCAUCAAAGUCCGUGUUUGGGAUGAAGACGACGAUAUAAAGUCACGAGUAAAACAGAGAUUAAAGAGGGAAUCAGAUGACUUCCUGGGCCAAAGCAUCAUUGAAGUGCGCACCCUGAGUGGAGAAAUGGACGUCUGGUACAACCUGGAGAAAAGAACAGACAAGUCUGCAGUUUCUGGUGCCAUCCGUCUUCAGAUCAGUGUUGAAAUUAAGGGUGAAGAGAAAGUGGCCCCAUACCACGUUCAGUACACCUGUCUGCAUGAGAACCUCUUUCAUCACAUUACAGAUGUCCUUGGUCAGGGAGUGGUCAAAAUCCCAGAAGCCCGUGGCGACGAUGCCUGGAAGGUCUACUUUGAUGAUGUGCCGCAAGAGAUUGUGGAUGAAUUUGCAAUGCGCUAUGGGAUUGAGUCCAUCUACCAAGCCAUGACGCACUUUGCGUGUCUCUCUUCUAAGUAUAUGUGUCCCGGUGUCCCUGCUGUGAUGAGCACCCUGCUGGCUAACAUCAACGCCUACUACGCCCACACCACCGCAUCCACCAAUGUCUCCGCCAGCGACAGAUUUGCUGCAUCCAACUUUGGGAAAGAAAGGUUUGUCAAGCUCUUGGAUCAGCUGCACAAUUCUCUGCGCAUUGACCUUUCAAUGUAUAGAAACAACUUCCCUGCGAGUAGUAAGGACCGUUUACAAGACCUCAAGUCAACAGUAGACCUUCUGACCAGCAUCACUUUCUUUAGAAUGAAGGUCCAGGAGCUGCAAAGUCCUCCGAGAGCCAGUCAGGUUGUGCGAGACUGUGUCAAAGCCUGCCUCAACUCCACAUACGACUACAUCUUCAACAACUGUCAAGAGCUGUACAGUCGCCAGUAUCCUCAGAUUGGAGACACGCAUAAGGAUGAUUGUUCUCCAGAAGAUCAGGGUCCGAGCAUCAAGAACCUGGACUUCUGGCCCAAACUCAUCACACUUAUCGUCUCCAUCACUGAAGAGGACCGAAACUCCUACACCCCUGUCCUGAACCAGUUCCCUCAGGAGCUGAACGUGGGCAAGCUGAGCGCUGAGGUCAUGUGGAGCCAGUUUUCUCAGGAUAUGAAGUAUGCCAUGGAAGAGCAUGAGAAGCACCGACUGUGUAAAAGUGCAGAUUACAUGAACCUGCACUUCAAGGUCAAAUGGCUGUAUAAUGAAUAUGUGAAGGAUCUGCCUGCCUUUAAGGGAAUAGUGCCCGAAUAUCCCACCUGGUUCCAGCAGUUUGUGCUGCAGUGGCUGGAUGAGAAUGAGGAUGUGUCCAUGGAGUUCAUGCAUGGAGCCCUGGAGAGGGAUAAAAAAGAUGGAUUCCAGCAGACAUCGGAGCACGCACUCUUCUCCUGCUCGGUGGUGGACGUCUUCACUCAGCUCAACCAGAGCUUUGAGAUCAUCAAGAAACUGGAAUGUCCCGACCCCAAAGUCAUGGCCCUCUACAGCCGCCGAUUCGCUAAGACCAUAGACAAAGUCCUGCUGCAGUACAGUGCCAUUUUGAAGAAGAGCUUCCCGUCCUACUGCGAUAAGGAAAAGAUUCCGUGCGUCUUGAUGAAUAAUGUCCAGCAGUUGCGUGUUCAGCUUGAGAAAAUGUUCGAGUCUAUGGGUGCCAAACAGCUGGAGGAGAGUGAGGACGAGGAGGAUGAGGAGUUACUGGAGGAAACGUCAGAAGACAAGCCUCAUAAAGCAGACAGAGAGCAGAAGCUGGACACUGAGGCCAGUGACCUUCUGAAUGAUCUGCAGGUCAAGCUAAACAACGUCCUGGAUGAGCUGAGCAGCACCUUUGGAAACACUUUCCAGAGUCGUAUUGAUGACUGCAUGCGUCAGAUGGCCAGUCUGCUUUACCAGAUUAAGGGUCCAGUCAACACCAACAACAAGAACCAGGUGGAGGCCGAUUCUGACAACAUGCUGCGGCCGCUGAUGGACUUCCUGGAUGCAAACCUGAUGCUGUUUGCCUCUGUGUGUGAGAAAACUGUGCUGAAGAGAGUCCUGAAGGAGCUAUGGAGGAUCGUCAUGAACAGUCUAGAGAAAACCAUCAUCCUUCCUCAAGGAAACGACACCUUUGGAAUGAUCUUUUCAGCGGCUAAAGAACUGGGUCAGCUCUCCAAACUCAAGGAUCACAUGUCUGGUGAAGCUAAAAGCCUCACACCCAAGCAGUGUGCUGUCAUGGAUGUGGCCCUUGAUACCAUAAAGCAAUACUUCCAUGCUGGAGGAAAUGGUUUGAAGAAGGCCUUCCUGGAGAAAAGUCCCGAACUGUCCUCUCUGAGACAUGCACUGUCUCUCUACACCCAGACCACAGACACACUCAUCAAGACGUUCGUCACUUCACAACAUGCUCAAGUGCAUAAUGGAAAGGGUUUGAGGAUCACGCCUAGUGAGAAAAUCCAGCCGUCCAGGGGCUCAGGAGUUGAUAAACCAGUUGGGGAAGUGUCCAUACAAAUCGAUCUCUUCACUCACCCGGGCACAGGAGAGCAUAAAGUUACAGUUAAAGUGGUAGCUGCUAAUGAUCUGAAGUGGCAGACGUCUGGGAUGUUCAGGCCGUUUGUUGAGAUCACCAUGAUUGGCCCUCACCUCAGCGACAAGAAGCGCAAGUUCACCACCAAAUCCAAGAACAACAGCUGGGCGCCCAAAUUCAACGAGACCUUCCAUUUCAUUCUGGGGAACGAGGAUGGGCCGGAGUGCUACGAGCUGCAGGUGUGUGUGAAGGACUAUUGUUUCGGCCGAGCGGAUCGCGUGGUGGGCAUCGCUGUCAUCCAGCUGCGGGAUGUGGCACCAAGGGCCAGCUGUGCCUGCUGGUGUCCUCUAGGGCCCCGAAUACACAUGGACGACACGGGCCUCACCGUCAUGCGGAUCCUGUCCCAGCGCUCAGGGGACGAGGUGGCCAAAGAGUUUGUCAAACUCAAGUCUGACACACGCUCAGCUGAGGAGGAAAUGACUCAAGCGGCUAAAUGAAGACUGUAUAACACUAGAUGUGUCUCCUCGUUGCCUGUGCAAAAAGUCUCACCUUGUUCAUUGAAAUCUCAACGUAAAAAAAAUGUGUAUUUUUCACAGAACACUGCCAACAUGUAAAGUGUAUGUUGAUAUUGCCAAUUGUUGUUGUGACUAUUGAACCUGUUAUUUAUUUCUGUACAUUUCUUACUUCCACUCUGUGUCACUUUAUAUGCUGUUACCGUUGUUUAGCCAGCAGUGUUUUGGGGGGGAACUGUCACUAUUUGUAAUAUACACAUUCCUUGUGCCAACUUGUGGAAGUUCUCACUUUUAUUAUUAUUUUUUUAACAAUACUGACAAUAAUUACUGGCAUCGAUGAGUUUUAAUGAGUUUACUCAUAUUUUUAAAGUCAUAUUGGUAUUGUACGCAGUCACUGACCAGGAGAAAUGUGUUAAUAAAAUGAUGUUUGUGUGCACUCCAUCAAAUGAUUUAUACAUAAAGUAUCUUAAACUAA